AUGACGGGCCUGCUUCAACUUCCUUCUGAGCUCAUAUCUGAAAUUGCCAGUUACUUGGACACGGAGACGCUUUUCUCGCUACGUCUGUCCAGCAAGUACCUCGAGCAAUCAUGCCUGUCUGUAUUCGGCAGACGCUUCUUCCGAAAGAAGGGUUUCCUCAUUACCACCCGAAGCAUAUCGGUCCUCCAAGCUAUCGCGAGCCAGGAGAAGCUGCAAAAGUAUGUUCAACACGUCUGGAUAAACCCUGACUGCUACACAUCGAGUGGGCCUCGCUGUGACCCGCCAAAUCUAUAUGAUGAGUCCAAGGAGGGAGAUUGCACCCCCUCAAGCAAAAUGGACCGCAGGCGGUGGCGUGCAUGGCAUGCAUGUACGCAAGACCACGCGACAUUGAUAUACACACCGCACCUGCUGGCAACAUUGCUAAAGUCAGCAUUUAAAAGUUUGCCCAAUCUCACUGUCCUUGGCAUGCGGCGAAGUGAGGACCAUCAUGCGUGGGGAUGCAAAGAGUUGAAGGAUGCAAUCGGGCAGGACCCACGAAUUGUUGGAUCAUAUCCAGGGGCUCAGGAUGGCUUAUCGGGUCCAACGCUCCUCUUCAUCGCCUUCGUGAACGCUGUCGCAGAGGCUAAGGUAUCAUUGAAGCGACUUUAUACAGAUGCAAUCGAGAUUGACAACAUCCGCGAUUGCUACUUGCCGCAACGCCGGCUGGAGCAAACAUUCCGUGACUUGCUCUAUCUCGAAGUCAAUGUCUACAGGGGCCGUUACUCAGAAGAACAAACACUUGAUUUACUGAAAUGCGAGAGAAAGGAAGAGUACGGCAAGGGUUUCCUGCGAUUUUGGAAGGCAUGCAAAAAUCUACAUGAAGUCGGACUACAGGUGUUCGAUGGUCCCAUGCGGCGAUACAUGCUACCGCCGACCUCCAAUGAUCUACCCGAUGGACUUCCACCGUCACGACUCGACCAAUUCUCAUGGCUCCAAGCCUACCCUCACAUCGCUUUUCAGAAGCUGGUUGAGAACGUACAACUCCAUCAACUAAGAAGGAUCAAACUGGAGAAGAUGACCACCACGCCCGAUACGCUUCAGGCAUUCUUGUCGCCAUCACGAGGCUCACUCACGAGCAUCAAGUUCCGCGACUUUCGCCUCCUGUCUAGCGACGAGAGCGGCCGGCCAUGGCAGAGUGUGUUCACCUUCCUCCGAGACGACUGUCCUGACCUAUUGUACAUCCUCCUCAACCGUCUCAUGUACGAAGGCGGAACCAUCUCGUUUGUCGAACACCCUCCGCUUCCUGUUCCGUACCUCGAGAUCCAGGAUCCGAACGACAACCCGAAUGUUCAAUAUGGCGAGCCCGUCAGUGACGGCUUCUUCAGCAAGUACGAACACAUUGCGCUGGAAGCCAGUGGGCGAGAGAAUGUUGCAGCGAAACUGGGUAGUAUCGUCAACCAGCACUGGUAUCAGCAGCCGCUAUUUAGCUACCAGAUGGAUGAGGACUUGUGGCACACGGAUACUAGUGAUGAGGAGUGGUAA